AAUCGCAUGAAAGUGAUUGUCGAAACAUCCGUCUUGAGCAACGACACGCCUACUGAACCAGCUUCUCAAUCCGACUUGCGGUCGAAUUAUCCAGGAAACCUCUUUUGUUGGAACAUCAGUCCACCGUCACCCGCCGAUCUUGUCGGAGAUAAACAAAGGCAUCAGCAGCAGGAAACGCAAAAGGGUGACCCUGGAGGUGGAAGCAGUUCAGGAGAACGUGAUGUGAUGGUGACAACCACACUUGGUGAGAAACAUGUUCGUCGGGAAGGGAAAAGACGUCGGUCACGCGACGGGCCACCAGAGUCUACAAACAUGCACUGUUGCAAGGCGAGCCAUUGGCUAUGCUACAGGCUGCAUUAUGGAAAACCAAAACCCGAAGAAAUAAAGCCAAACCGUGCAAAGAAGAGUGUGAGAAGAGCGCAGUCUGUGGGAGGAGUGGAGCAGAGACAGGGUCAGAAGAGGCGACGGACUCAGUCCGAUAGAGUGGACAUUUCGUGUCAACUGCAACGAGAUAAAACCCCUGUACUCCAGGAAACAUCUGACCGUGUAAACACCAGCCCGCGAAACCCGUCUUCACGAACCCCGUUGGGGAAGAGAAACAAUACCCGGUCGCCUACGCCGCCAUUGCAGAGACCAGUGAUUGUCCCACGACGGAGAAAUAUCAAGAGAAUAGCAAAGUUUUUUGCUCCAACGAACUCGGGUGCCUUUAUAUUGGAUGAAGAUGCUGAGGACAGGGGCUUGGACUUUAGCGGUGAUACGGAAGAUGCCAACAGAGGGAGUCGGACGUGGCAUCUCACGAUUCCUGACAUGCAAGCUCGUCCUUCAAUUCCGCUGACGCACGGAGAUACUCAAGCUUUAUUUGAGGGAGAAGAUUCACCACAGCUCGUAUCGAAUGAUGACCCAAUGGAUAUGACGGUGGCAGUCGAAGACUCCCAUGCGGAAUUGAACAACGUGUCUCCCUAUACCGCCGGAUAUGCACAGUUGCGGCCGUUCAUUCGUGAGAGAUUCAUAAACUACGUCAUCGACCUUAGUGAAUCGGAAGAAGAGGACGUCAAUGAGCCUGCGAGGGAACCUAACCACAGAGCUCUAAAAAUGAAAACUGCGACUGAGAUGGAAGCGGUACGGAAGAGGAUGGAAGAGUUAGAACAGCAAAAGGAGGCUCUUCAAAACAAAAUGCGUCUGAUCGCGGCAAAAAAGCGGAAGGCCGAGGCGAAAGGGCCACUACAAGCACCUGUCACAGACGUUACAUCUAGCGCCGGAAAUAUGUCUGGGGCUGAGUUCCCAGUUCGAAAUCAAACAUCCACACCUGCGACCGCGGGAAGCAAAGCAGUGGUGUCAAGCAGCACGAUCUCCGCAGCUCCUGUUGUGGCGGCAGAAAGCACUACCACCGGCGAAGAGCUCAGCACGUUGGUGUCUGCCGCCCGUGAAAAAGAUGCCGCAGAAGAGAAAGUCAGAGAGGGUACUCAAAAAGCAGUCCUGCCAAAAUUGGCACCAGCUACUCGAAGCGAGAGUCCGCUUCAUGAAGCACAGCCGAGACCCGACGUUAAUGACAUUCGCAUCGAGGGAGCUGCAAGCAUGGCUUUCGGUCAGUAUCACACGCACAAUGAUACUGUUGGGUUGCGAGGCGCUGAUGAGGACGCCGUAGCAAGCUUGGGCGUCAUAGAAAACCUUCCUGAAAAUGCACCACAAUACGCUAAGGGUCCUUUUGGCGCUUAUCCUGAGCCAAUACUGGCGGUGGAAGCCGCUGAGGUCGGGGUAACUGCUGAGGUGGCUGGAGAGCUAAUAAUAUCUAGCAAGGCUCGCGCGAUACGGUGUGGGAACAACAACGUAUUACCCAAAAGUCGCAAUACCGCUAUAUCACGGUAUAGCGGUGAAGAAGCCAGCCUAAUAGAUACUACUCCAAAGCAGGGAACUCACGACCUGCUCGCAUCAUUACCAGUAUCCCAAUCCGCGUCUACAGUCCAAGUUCGCCAGCGCACUACUCCUGGCAACAUAAAACCAGCACGGUGUUCCAGAACAAAUUCUCCCCUGACGGCUUCUUCAUCGACGGUAUCGAAACCUCGACCGAUAAGACGUCAGAGAGAUGUAUUUGACUUUCCAGGCAGUCAGGAAGAUGAUGAAGACAGAGUAUUCACAUUGGAAAGCGAAGGGGACAAGGAUUUCACAGAGAAGAAGCCCUCGCCACGUGUUUUCAAGACGUACCGUUCUCCAAAGCGGACCGUACCAGUAUCACAUGUAACCAGUGCGGCAACACCCUCCGGUUACCAUUGUAACGUAAAGACACCCCCAUCCAAAGGCCGAAGACAACCAAACUCUCCACUGCAGCCGGCAUUGACGGCGACGUCAACCUCUUUCAUAGACGUCACUCCCGAGGCAGGGAGCAAGGAUCGUGAUUUGCGACGACAAGACUCCUUAAUCUAUUUAUUUGAUUCUCCUAUCAGAGGUUUCACUGUGUCCGCAGAUGGUUCACCAUUGCAGACAAAUCAAGUUGAAAGCUUGACGCAGAAUUUCGAUGUGGACGCCAACAUGCUCGAGAUUGAGAAAUUUUUGGAAAAUGAUGUCGAUCUUUUUAAAGAUGUUAGGAGUGAAUUGGAAGUCAGCGAAGCUGAAAAUGGGGAGAGUGAGGAAGAUUAAGUAGCAGCGAGUUGAAUUGGCAAACUACGACGAAGUGUUCGCUUUCUGCAGCGUGAUACUUGUAUAUAGCUUAUUGUAAAUAACGAAUCUUAAUUGAUGUAGAAAUGGGUAUACUUUGUAAGCGGAUGGAUGCAUAAAAUAUCUACAGGCGGCUGUAGGGGACUGCUCGGAAUAGAAUGCCCGUUGCGUGUACAUAUCUUGAC